AUGGAAUAUCAAGCUGGAGGUCGUGGAUGCUUCAACUUCGCUUUCAAUGUAUCCAAAGAAGUCGCUGGCGGCGAUGCCUCGCACCAGGCUCGCGACUGUCCUAAGAAGGGAACUCCUACUUGCUAUAACUGUGGUGCAACAAUAGGCCAGGGCCAUGUCAGCCGCGAGUGUACAGUAGCUCCUAAGGAGAAGUCGUGCUACCGCUGCGGUGUUGCUGGACACAUUUCUCGCGAGUGUUCCCAGGCCGGUUCGGGCGAUAACUACAAUGGUGCUCCCAGCGGCGGCCAAGAAUGCUACAAAUGCGGCCAAGUCGGCCAUAUUGCGCGCAACUGCUCCCAGGGCGGUAACUAUGGAGGCGGUUUCGGUCACGGAGGAUACGGUGGUCGCCAGCAAACUUGUUACUCGUGUGGUGGCUUUGGCCACAUGGCCCGCGACUGCACUCAUGGUCAGAAGUGCUACAACUGUGGAGAUGUUGGACAUGUAUCCCGCGACUGCCCCACUGAAGCCAAGGGUGAAAGAGUUUGCUACAAGUGCAAGCAACCUGGACACGUCCAGGCCGCUUGCCCUAACUAG